GGCUGGCUGCACUGAACUGAAGCUAACUACUUACAAGAUUCCAUCUUCCAGUCUGCUAACAACUGGCAAAGCAAGAUUUAGUUUCUCUCUAAGACAUUUCAUUGCAACAAAUCAGUUGGAAGACCAUUGUUGGCAAAGGUCCUACCCAGUUUUUAGGAGCAUUGAUUCUCACUCUGUGCCUGGAGUCCAGGGACAAAAUGCCAGGGCUCUUCUGGGGAGGCUGGAGGUUGACCUUCCGGAACUGGCUCCAUGGACUGGUGCCAGAUCAGCAGUCUGACAAGGAGUUUGGUCCGGAGGUUUAUGAACUGCAUGUGAGACAGCAGAAGAGGAUCAACGAGUCACUUCUACAUUUUGCAGCCAAAGAAAAUAAAGACCAGGAUAUUUUUAAACUUGCUCAAUGUCCUUCAUUUAACCCUUUGGAAACAGGUAUAAUGGGGGAGACAGCAUUGCAUGUAGCCGCGACGUACAAUGCUAACAGGGCAGCAAUCGCUCUCCUUGAUGUGGCUCCUGAGCUCAUGAACAUUCCAAUCUCCGGCGAGCUCUACGCAGGGGAAACAGCCCUUCACAUCGCUGUGGCAAAUGGGAAUGUGAGUCUGGUGACAGAAUUGGUAAGUCGGCGAGCUGAUAUCGUCACACCUUGUGCAACUGGGACCUUCUUCCGAAAAAACAGCAAGAGUAUAAUUUAUUAUGGUGAGCACGUGUUGUCCUUCGCUGCUUGUGUUGGGAAUGCAGAGAUCAUCCGGAUUCUGGUUGAAAAUGGGGCAGACAUUAGGGCACAGGACUACCUCGGUAACACAGUUCUGCAUGUUCUAGUGCUCCAGCCUAAAAGGCCCUUCAUCCCACAGAUGUACGAUGUAAUUCUGUCCUACGACAAGCCAGAGAACGAGACUGCAGUUGACAUGAUCGUCAACAGGAAUGGACUGACUCCCAUCAAACUUGCAGCGGACCAAGGAAACAUUCAGAUGUUCCAGCACCUGUUGCAAAAGAAGGAACACAAUGUGCAGCGACCCUAUGGCCCACUGACCACCACUUACUAUGACCUCUCAGAGAUCGAUUCAUGGAGUGAUGACCUCUCUGUGCUGCAGCUGGUGGUUUCCAGUCAAAACAAGGAGGCCCUGAAGAUCCUCCGCCUAUCCCCCAUGAAGGAACUCCUCCAGUUAAAGUGGAAUAGCUAUGGGAUGUAUUAUUUUCGACUCCUGGCAUUCUUAUAUCUAGUCUACAUCACCAUCUUCACCUUCUGCUGUGUCUAUCGCCCACUGAAACCAAGGCCUGACAAUGCCACCAGUGAGAGGGACACCACAUUGUAUGUUGAGAGAACACUGCAGGAAAGCUACGUAACUUACGAAGACCGUGUACGAUUAGUGGGUGAGAUUAUCAGUGUGCUUGGAGCAGUCAUCAUCAUUCUAUUGGAGAGUCAUGGCAUAUUGAGGUACGGACCUAAGGAGUACUUUGGAAAAACUGCUCUGGGUGGACCUUUCCAUGUCAUCAAUAUCUGCUAUGGAGUGCUGGUGUUGGCUGUGCUGCCGUUGAGACUGACAUCGACCCCUGGAGAGACCAUCCCCAUGUCCUUCGCACUUAUCCUUGCCUGGUGUAAUCUCUUGUACUUCGCUCGAGGGUUUCGAUUGACGGGACCAUUCGCCAUCAUGAUCCAGAAGAUAAUAUUCGAGAUUAUCCUGCCCUACUUGGUGCUGAUGCUGAUUUUGAUUAUGGCUUUCACAUGCAGUACCCAUCUGUCAUUCCAAAUCUUGGACCCUGCAAAGUGGGAGCGCUUUGUGGAUUUCAGCACCGUCCUCUUCACCAUCUACCUCCUCUUCUUCGGCCUCGUUAACAUGCCCCUCAACUGGGAGGCGAUCCAGCCCGACAUGGCCCGCUUCCUCUACGCAGUGUACACCUUGCUGGCUUUUGCCAUCACGGUGUUCCUUGUCAUCCACAUUAUGGGUGAACUGAUUCGCCAAGUGUCAAAGCGAAACGAUGAUCUCUGGAGGGCACAGGUUGCUUCCACAACUCUACUGCUUGAGCGUCGACUCCCGAGAUGCCUGUUUCCCCGUCUGGGAAUCUGUGGAAAGAAGUAUGGUCUCGGAGACCGCUGGUUUCUUCGAGUGGAUGACAGGAACGAUAAUGCUGCCCUGCAAAUCCAUACUUAUAGUGAAGAGGUGGACGCCAAAGGAUGUGAGGGAGGGCAGAAGAAAGGAAGGACAUCGAAUAAGAAGGAGAGAUGGCAGAGACCGCGCCAGGGCUGGCAGAUGGUGCGGCACAGAAAGAUGGGUCAGAAUUGUCGUGACUUUUUCAAUGAGAGCAGCACUGAGUCCUGCCUCAUCUAAAACCCCAAAGACAGCAAUCCUUCACAUCAUCCUCUUCCAGUGCUGGAGAGCAAUUGCUCAAGAGAUCACAAACAAACCAACAGUUAGUUGGUACUGGUCUUGGGUUUACUGUCUGUAGAUUAUUCAGCUCAAGGUGACCCCACUGAUUUCUUCGUUAAUGUAAAGUAUAAGUCUUUUUUUUUCUUAAGGUGUUUGAGAGGAUCCUAUGCCCCAAUUAUUUAUGUGAGUAUAACCACUCACCUCCAUUACUGAUUGAAUUGGGUUAAAUUCCCGACUUAAUGGAAUUUGAAAAUAUAUUCCGUCAUGCGUAUUUUACAUACCCCCAGGUAACAAAUGCCUGUGCUCACCCCUUGUUCAGAAAAGGGUACAGAAUGCUAAAUGGCAGCAGCAUAUAUCCCUGGUGUUGCUGGGUGAGACACAGUACCAUGUCCAAUCAUUGACGUCCUCAACAUUGAGACUUUAGGUCUAAUUUUAACGUUCCCUGAAGUGACUGAGUUGAAAUCAGACUCAAACUGAACUGGCUUUACGUUACAGAAAGAAAAACACUGUCUCUUUCCUGUAGAUGAGUUUUUUCACAGAGUGACCAUCAUCUCUACUCAAAUUGUCAGUGAGGUAAUGGACUAGAGCACAAGGAAGCGGAAGGUUAAAUUGGGAACCUCCCCUUUCUGGCAGUUCCAAACCACUGCUCAGUUCCCAUGCCACUCCUCCACCCCCACCCCCCAACCCCGGAUUUCUGAUCGGCUUUUACAUAAUCCCUGAGUGUUUAAAAUGAACCAUUCGGGAGACAAGCUCAAAGUCAUGGUGAUCGAGACAGAAGAAGGUAGCUGACCUGUACCUUUAUCCCAUUUACCUGCAUUGGUUCCAACUCCUUCAAUACCCUUCCCUAACAAAAACAGCCAUGAACAUUUCAAUUGAGCUAGUGGAGGUUAAAUUCCAGGUCUCUGCCAUCCUUUCUGGGACCCAUGGGCUUGCAACCUUAGAGCAGGAUUCCUGAAAUGCCAGGAGCUUUGUCCACUGCCUCCAAUGACCCAAACUGGGCAGCACGGUGGCUCAGUGGUUAGCAUUGCUGCCUCACAGCACCAGGGAUUUGGGUUUGAUUCCAG